AUGAACCUGACAGAGUUUAACCAGUCUGAUCUCUGUGUGCAUUUUUCCUGUCCAAAGAGAUCUGUAUUUCCUGCAUUUCAUGUCUUACUGUAUGUGUGUUCAGCUGCUGUGGUUCUGCUAACAGUGUGUGGAAAUCUGCUUAUCAUAAUUUCUGUUUUUCACUUCAAACAGCUUCACACACCAAGUAACAUGCUGGUGCUAUCUCUGGCUGUGUCAGAUUUCCUCGUUGGCGCUUUUCUAAUGCCUCCAAUGUUUAGCUGGACAAUCGAGUCAUGCUGGAUAUUUGGAACUCUUUUCUGCACAAUAUUUUGGUUAAUUGAUGGUUUCCUUACAAUCUUAUCCAUUUAUAACAUUGCUCUGAUUGCUGUGGAUCGGUAUUUGGCUCUCUCAAACCCAUUCCUUUACACAAACACAGUCAGUAGGAUUAAUAUGUGCAUUGUGAUUAAUUCUAACUUGAUUGUGUGUGUGGUGUAUAACACAGUAUUUUAUUAUUUCAAUGGAACGUUCAAAAGUUCUGCAAUGUGUCCCGGAGAGUGUUCUUUCUUUCUGAAUGAAGGCUGGUCUGUAAUUGAUCUUACGUAUGCAUUUAUAUUUCCACUUUCUGUCAUAAUAACAUUGUAUACUCAAGUUUUUGUCAUUGCUAAGAAACAUGCCACUGCUAUCCGAGAACUUAAUAAUAAUACACGGUCUAAAACACAGAAAAUCACCUCACACUCAAUGAAAUCUGAGAGAAAAGCAGCCAAAGUUCUUGGAAUCUUAGUCUCUGUGUUUCUGUUGUGUUUAUUUCCGUAUUUUAUUUUCAGUUUAUUAGGAGAUAAUAUUGAAGUACAGACAGAAACUACUCAAAAAGUGUUAAUUAUAUUGUACCUUAAUUCGAUGAUUAACCCAAUUAUUUAUGCUCUGUUUUACCCAUGGUUUAGGAGGUGCUUUAAAUUAAUUUUAACUCUGCGAAUAUUACAAUCUGACUCUGAAUUAAUCAAUGUUCUUUUAUAA